AUUUUGAUGCAUACCAAGGAGAUGGUGCAAAAGAUGAACCUUGAAGUGAUUUAUGGAGACACAGAUUCCAUUAUGAUAAACACUAAUAGCACCAAUUUGGAUGAGGUCUUCAAGCUGGGGAACAAGAUCAAAAAUGAAGUGAACAAGCUCUAUAAAUUGUUGGAAAUCGAUAUUGACGGAGUCUUUAAGUCCUUGCUACUGUUAAAAAAGAAGAAAUAUGCUGCCCUGACUGUGGAACCAACAGGAGAUGGGAAAUACGUAACUAAACAAGAACUGAAAGGAUUGGAUAUAGUCCGAAGAGACUGGUGUGAUCUUGCGAAAGAGGCUGGAAACUAUGUAAUUGGUCAGAUUCUUUCUGAUCAGCCCCGAGACGUAAUUGUGGAAAAUAUUCAAAGGCGGCUUAUAGAAAUUGGAGAAAAUGUGAUCAAUGGCCAGAUCCCAGUAAAUCAGUUUGAAAUAAACAAGGCAUUGACAAAAGAUCCACAGGAUUAUCCUGACAAAAAAACCUUGCCACAUGUGCAUGUUGCCAUGUGGAUAAACUCUCAAGGAGGCCGAAAGGUGAAGGCAGGAGACACAGUGUCAUACAUCAUUUGUCAGGAUGGAUCAAAUCUCAGUGCCAGUCAGCGAGCAUAUGCUCCAGAACAGUUGCAAAAGCAAGAAAAUCUUACUAUUGAUACUCAGUACUACCUGUCACAGCAAAUACAUCCAGUAGUUGCUAGAAUAUGUGAGCCCAUAGAGGGAAUUGAUUCUGUUCUCAUUGCAACGUGGUUGGGACUGGAUCCCUCCCAAUUCAGAGUGCAUCACCAUUACCAUAAAGAUGAGGAGAAUGAUGCCUUGGUUGGUGGCCCAGCUCAGCUCACUGAUGAGGAGAAAUAUAGGGAUUGUGAAAGAUUCAAGUUUUGCUGCCUCAAAUGCGGAACAGAAAAUAUUUAUGACAAUGUCUUUGAUUGUUCGGGGCGAUUUAUUGAACCCAGUUUGCAAAGGUGCAGUAAGCCUGAAUGUGAAGAACCUCCUUGCAACUCUGUGGUUCAAAUGAACAACAAAUUGCUGUUGGAUAUUAGACGCUACAUCAGAAAAUACUAUAAUGGUUGGUUAAUAUGUGAGGAGCCAACCUGCCAGAAUCGAACCCGUCGACUUCCCUUGAGUUUCUCCCGGAGUGGCCCUGUGUGUCAGGCCUGCAGGAAGGCUGUUCUGAGACCAGAGUAUUCUGAUAAGGCCCUGUACACUCAGCUCUGCUUUUACCGAUACAUUUUUGAUGUGGAUUAUGCAUUGGAUAAAGUGGUUCCUGAAGAUGAUAAAGCUAUUGUGGAUUUUGUCGGACAUUGCUACUUAAGUGAACAGUCAGUAGUGACAAGCAGCGGGAUUAGCAAAGUAGUAGCAUCAUCUGUUAAUUUGGAUGAAAAAAAGGAUGGAAUAUUUCCAACUAUUGAGCUCAUGACUAUUGGAUUCGAAAAGUCUGGGCGUAUUCGUUUAAUGGAUAAGCAGAAGAAGAGAUCCUUUGGAAAUAGCUUUCAGUUUCCUGCCGCCAUGAGCAUCCAGUUUCACUUGCUGCACAUUUCAGACCUGCGUCCUUCUAGGAUUGAGGUGCUGGCAUUUCGCUGUUGUGAAAGCCCUAGACCUGCUGUUGGGUUAUCAUCCUUCACCAAAAAACAGAUACGAAAAGAGAGUAAAAGUACACUCACACUUUACAAAGGUUUUAUGAGAGUAAAUGAAAGAGGAGUAAAAUAUAACCACAGAUUACCGCUAGAUAAAAUAAACAGAGAAACAGCCUUCUGCGUCCAUCACUGGGUUGCACCACCAUGGAGCGUGGGACCACAGAUUGCAGCCACGGGCUGCUCCUGCGAGACCAUAAAAGAGCUGAUUAAACUAUGA